AAAAAUAUUGGGCCAUCUUCGGGUCAUUCCUCCUUAGCAAAUGUGACUCAAUUUCCCGUUCCCGCAUUGUGCAGCGUCUUGACUGUUCCUAAAUGGCGUGUCUACUCUCCACGAGCUUCACCGUUCCUUUUCUUGUAAACAAUGAACUGCGUGGAUUAGAUUAUGCUCCGAAUGAACUUUCAAGGAAAACAACAAUUUCUUCAGCUCAAAAUAUCUUAGGAAGUAGCAUAUCAAAUAAACACAUAUUAUUCGUCGAAGGAAGAGGAAGCUAUCAGCGGUGCUUGAUGUCAUCGGCAAGAUUUCUACAUGAAUCGCACUUUUAUAAAGUGAAUGUAAAUUAUUGCACUACAGUAGUUAUAUCUGGUUAUUGGGUUGGCCCUGAUGUUGAUGAUGGGUGGGGAUUUGUGGAAGCUGUUAUUGAUCAAAUAACUUGAUCUUGUUUGUUUUGGACAAAAGUUGGUUUAAAUAUGAUUAAUUUCGGGAAUUUGUAGUCGAUAUCUUUCUUCAA